AUGGACUAUCUCUUAAGAGUCUUCGAUAGCGAAACAGUUACAGCAAUUAUACAAGAUAUAUUGAAAAGAGCUAAAUCAAAUGAUCCGCAAACCAAAGAAGCCUAUAUCAGAUCGGACAAUGCUGGUUGCUACCACUGCGCUCAGACACUAAUAUCAUUACCACAGAUAUCAAAAGCAACAGGCAUUACAAUAAAACGGAUAGAUUUUUCGGAUCCACAAGGAGGAAAAGGUGCGUGUGAUCGUUUUGCUGCGGUCAUUAAAUCUCAUAUCAGAAGAUAUUUGAACGAAAAACAUAAUAUAACAACUGCUGAAGAAUUUGUUCAUGCAUGUCGUUCAUAUGGUGGGAUAAAUGACAUGCAAGUAAUUGAAUCUCGCCUUAUAGCCACAAAUGAAAAGAAUAAAUACAAAUUCUCAGGUAUAACUACAUUGAAUAAUUUUGAAUUUGAGCCAUCUGGUGUGCGAGUACAUCGAGCUUGGCAAAUAGGUGAUGGAAAAUUAAUACCAUGGAAAGAUUUAAUUCAACAAGCUCCAACAAUUAGCCUGAUUGAUUGUGUUAAAGAACCCACUAGUAUCCAAUGGUCACAUACAACACGAACAACCACACUACCAAAAUCUGAUAAAUCAACAAAACAAAAGGAUGAAGAUACAGUCAAAGACGCUGAUGACCCACAUAUGGCUUUAUAUGACUGUAUUGAAGAGGGAUGUGUACAAAAGUUCUUGAAAUACGGUAAUUUUGUUCGUCAUCUAUUGGCCG